UGGACAUGUGACAGCUCUGCUUUCCUCUCUCGCUCUCUCGACACAGCAAAACCGCCGGCUUUUACCCACAGAAAUUCCAAUCAAGGUAUUUUCCAGAGCAGGGGAGUUGGAACCAGGCCAGCAAGCAGGAACAGGGUGACAGCCAAGAUUCUUGAGUGUCCUGAGCUUGGAAUACAGUUUGGAGAGGAGGAACACAUGGCUUCAUGGUUGGACCCUGACCUGAGAGACCAGGGCUCGAAUCCCCACCCAGCUGUUAAGCUCACUGGGUGACCUUGGGCCAGUCACUGCCUCACACUGCCUUAAAUAACCUUCCUCACAGGGUUGUUGUGAGGAUAAAAAUGGAGAGGGGGGAACUAUGUAUGCCUCCUUGAGCUCCUUGGAGGAAAGUUCCUGAAACCGGUCCAGUAUGGACACUGGACAUUAUCUGCAGAGGAUCGGGUACCGGGGCCCCACCCAGCCUUCCCUGGAGACCUUGUGCCAUCUCCACCGUUGCCACCUCCUCUCUGUGCCCUUUGAGAGCCUCGGCAUCCAUUGCAAGGAGCUCAUUGUCCUGGACUUGCCCCUUCUCUACGACAAGAUCAUCCGGCGCCAUUGGGGAGGCUUCUGUUUCGAGCUGAACGGCCUUUUCCUGUGGCUACUGCAGGUGUUAGGAUUUGAUGCCAAAGCUGUGGCUGGGCGUGAGAACCGUUUCACGGGGUGUUAUGGUCCCCCGUUGGACCACAUGGUGAUUUUGGUGCAGCUGGAUGGGCAACGGCUGCUCUGUGAUGUUGGCUUUGGUGAAGGUUUUAUGGAGCCGUUAGAAUUGAAGCUCGCAACGGAGCAAGUCCAGGAAGGGGGUAUUUUUUGGCUGGACCUGACAGGGGAAAUCUGGGUGCUGGAGCGCCGGGAAAUCUCUGGGAGGGAGGGGAGACCCUUAUAUCAAUUCACCCUAGAGGAGAAGAAACUGGACGAUUUCACCAGCGUGUGCCUCUACCACCAGACUUCACCCAGUUCCAUCUUCACGUGCAAAUCUUUCUGCUCCCUGCACAAAGAAAAUGGCGGGCGCCUCACUUACAUGGGUUGGCGUCUCAUUUCCACAAUGGGAGAGAAGCGUACAGAGACUGCCCUGCAGACCUCUGAGAUCCCAGCAGUACUCCACGAGAAAUUCGGGAUCAAACUGGGCAGGGACUUUGAGCCAAAGGAUGAAGAAAUUCUGCCACCUCUUGAGGAAGAGUAACGUGGGAUGAGGGAAACUACUCCCCAAAUUUGAUAGUUUAGAAGCUGGUUCAUGUAUAACUUCUCAGGAUGCAGCUCCUAGCCAUUAGCUGAACUGCUGUGAUGUCAUGGAACUAUUACAAAUAUUCUAACCUCUGAAGGGAAGUACUUCAGGCGGUCCAGUCCUGCACCAGUCGGAUGGGCUAGAGACUGCUUUGGCUGCUCAUACAUGGGCCAGCCCAUUGUUUCUGAUAAAUUUUCCCCACCCCCAGUAAAAGAAGAGUACUUCCCCCAAAUUUUCAUUACCAACUGACUGUCCAUGCCUUAUUUUGCAACAGGCAACACUCAGCGCUCAGAGGCGACUGCUACAGACAGGAGAGGAAUGUUUUUUGUUUAACUAGGUUAUCUUCAAAUGCUCCUCUCUCAUAUCCUGUCCACCUUUAUGAGCUGCAGCAAAAGGCCGGACCAAGCCACUCAGUGGCACCAGCUGUGACCACUAGGCCAGCAUUAUAGCACUAUAGAAAAACUGCAGAGAAGGCAUGUAUGGAAGAAUGAUGAAUCUAUCGAUAGCCUUGGUACUGAAAUUUGUGGCACUGAAGGAUUGGGGAAUACGAACACCAGGAUCAGCGGAAAGGCCAGCAGCCUGAAGGAGAACCUAGCCCUGCCUUGAAAAGUUACAAGGAACUUGAGACUAAGAACCUGUGUCUGAGUUAUUUCCUCCCCAAUCAAUUUUCCUUUUGAAUCAUGUCUCUUUAGUUUGUCUGUUUUUAGUGAUUUAUUUAUAAGCAGCUCUGAGAGCCUUUUCUUUUAACUGAAAAAUAGGGGGGAAUUAAAUAAAUAAAAUAACACACUAAAAAAAAACACAAGUGAAGGAUUUGUGACGUUUGCAGUGGGGAUUUUUGGAUGUUGAUCCAACCAGAAUAAAAACAAAUCCUCAAACACCAUUACUUAAGUUCAUGCAGAAUUGUUUUACUCCUUAAUGACGUAAUCUGGUAGACCUGUUAUGAACAGCCUCUCUCAAGGCUCUAAAAUUAGGGACUUGAACAGGAGCUGGUAUGUGUGUUAUAAAUAUGGUGGAGAAAUUAGACUCGUUUCACAUUUAAAGGCGAAUCUACCUAAUUUGCACUCCCUGAAACAAUUGGGACUUCUCUGCAUUUUAGAAUGCAGUU